CCUUGUUGGAGAGCUAAGACCCCACAAGCUGCACAAUGCAGCCAAAAAAUAAAAAUAAAAUGGUGGGGGAGGUGGGCCCCACAUAACCCUGGUUUCCCAGGAAGGUGCCAGAAAGGCAUUGCGAUUUGCUAGCUUCAGCCAGCAAGAAGCAGAGAGCCUGACCUCUUGACACCCAGUCUAGCACAUGCUGCCUCUGAAGCAAGAUGGGAGAAGGUAUGUGAAACCCACUUGGAUCCAGGCCUAGGAGAGAGGUGGGAAAGGCCUGCCUACUGUGCUCUUCACCUGUACCAGCUCCCCUGCUGGGAGCAACUUCACUCUGCCAGGCUGCGGUUAAGGCAUUUUUACAUCCAACAGCCCUGAGCUUUUCAGACAAGGCAUGAGGAGCUAACUGUCCAAAGUCAUUCACGUGUUAGGGGGAUCUGGGAUGUGAACCCAGGCAGUGAGGCCACGGCUGAGGCCCAGGGAGAGGUGGUGAAUAGCCCAGGGUCACACAGCCACAGCCCCAGAGCAAGAAACUGCUGGCCCCCUUCCAGCCCAGCAAAAGCAAUGACACCUGACUCCUAGCAAAUUGGGGGUGGAGCAGAGGUGGAGCUAGGGAGACCCAGGUGGCCUCUCUUGAGAACCAGAGCACAGGCGGCAGAUUGACCUGGAGCAGCAUGAAGCAGAGCUGGGGACUGAAGCUGUUCAUCCUGGGAGCCGUGGUCCUCAUAGAGGGUCUUCAAGCAGCUCAGCGUGCAUGCGGGCAGCGAGGCCCCGGUCCCCCUGAGCCUCAGGAGGGAAACACGGUGCCUGGCGAGUGGCCAUGGCAGGCCAGCGUGAGGAGGCAGGGCAUCCACAUCUGCAGCGGGUCCCUGGUGGCAGACACCUGGGUCCUCACUGCAGCCCACUGCUUUGAAAAGGAGGCAAUGACAGAACUGAACUCCUGGUCAGUUGUCCUGGGUUCUCUGCAGCAUGAAGGUCUGAGCCCAGGGGCUGAGGAGGUGGGGGUAACAGCUCUGCAGCUGCCCAGGGCCUACAACCACUACAGCCAGGGUUCAGACCUGGCCCUGCUCCGGCUAGCCCACCCUGUGGCCCACACACCUCUCUGCUUGCCCCAACCUGCCCAUCGCUUCCCCUUUGGGACUUCCUGCUGGGCCACUGGCUGGGAUCAGGACACCAAUGAUGCUCCCAGGACCCUACGGAAUCUGCGCCUGCGUCUAAUCAGUCGCCCCACGUGUAACUGUCUCUACAACCGCCUACACCAGCGGUCACUGGCCAGUCCGGCCCGGCCCGGGAUGCUGUGUGGGGGUCCCCAGCCUGGGAUGCAGGGGCCCUGUCAGGGAGAUUCCGGGGGUCCUGUGCUGUGCCGCGAACCUGAUGGACACUGGGUUCAAGCUGGGAUCAUCAGUUUUGCAUCAAGCUGUGCCCGGGAAGACACUCCUGUGCUGCUGACCAACAUGGCUGCUCACAGCUCCUGGUUGCAGGCUCGAGCUCAGGGGGCAGCCUUCCUAACACAGAACCCAGAGACCCCGGAGAUCAGUGAUGAGGACAGCUGUGUAGCCUGUGGAUCUCUGAGGAGAGAAGGCCCUCAGGCGGGAGCUCCCUCCCCGUGGCCCUGGGACGCUAGGCUGAAGCACCAAGGGAAGCUAGCUUGCGGUGGAGCCCUGGUGUCAGAGGAGGUGGUGCUGACUGCUGCCCACUGCUUCAUUGGGCGCCAGGCCCCAGAGGAAUGGACGGUAGGCCUGGGGGUCGGCCCAGAGGAGUCGGGCCUGAAGCAAGUCAUCCUGCAUGGGGCGUAUACCCACCCGGAGGGGGGCUAUGACGUGGCCCUCCUGCUGUUGGCCCAGCCUGUAACCCUGGGCCCCAGCCUGCGGCCCCUCUGCCUGCCCUACUCGGACCACCGCCUGCCUGAUGGGGAACGCGGCUGGGUCCUAGGGCUGGCCCGCCAAGGAGCAGACACCAGCUACCCUCAGACAGUGCCUGUGACCCUCCUGGGGCCCAGGGCCUGUAGCCGCCUGCACGCAGCCCUUGGGAGCACUAGCAUUCUGCCGGGGAUGGUGUGUACCAGUGUUGUGGGCGAGCCGCCCGGCUGUGAGGGCCUGUCGGGGGCACCGCUGGUGCACGAGGUGAGGGGCACAUGGUUCCUGGCUGGGCUGCACAGCUUCGGAGAUGCCUGCCAAGGCCCCGCAAGACCUGCUGUCUUUGCAGCACUCCCCACCUAUGAGAACUGGGUCAGCAGUUUGGACUGGCAGGUCUACUUCGCUGAGGAGCCCGAGCCCGAGCCCAGAAGCUGUGCGGCUAACAUGAGCCAGCCAGCCAACUGCUGACAGGUGGCUCUGGGACGCUGCAGUCACAGCAAGGCAACUCCCACAAAAUUGCUUCUCUCCCAUCCAGCCCCCUGCCUUUCCCAGGCAGGUCUGACAGCGCAAAGGGCUCUGGGAGGGAACCUGCCCUGAAAGCUCCACCCUGCAGGACAGGGAGAUGUCGCCCGUGGAUGCCCCCCACCCAGCUCUGCAGUCCAACACAGGCGUCCCAAGCUUUUCCUAUUCUUCAUCCCUUCAGAUCCAAUGACACCAGCCAAGUACUUGGAAAAUUUCUUUUUUGGGGGGGAGCAAUUUUCCUGUUUUUUUAAACUUAAAUAAAUUGUUACAAAAUAGACUUUA